AUGGAAACAAGAAGAAAAUUUAGAGAAAAGAUAACAAAACUGAAAGAUUUAGAAGAAAAUAAAAUAAAUGAAAAAAAUGAUGAAAUAAAAACAAGUAAUGAAAGUUCGAAUGAGAAUAUAAUCGAAUCAGGCUUGAUAGAAAGAACAAAUAAAAAAAAAGAUAAAAAAGAAGAAAAGCACAUGAAAAUAAAUGUAAAUACAAUAAGUAAUGAAAAAAUUGAAAAUAAUGAAAAAUCAAAAAAUGAAGAAAAAAAUAAAAAUGAUGACGGAAUAAAUUAUCCAAGCAAUAUUAUAAAAGAUAAUAAAAGUAAAAACAAUAACAAUAAUGAUAAAAAUAAAAAAAAUAAUAAAUCUAAUAUUUCUGUUAAAAAUGAAUCAUUUGAAGAUUCAGAAAUGUACAAAAAAAAGAAGUCAAGAGAAAAAGAAGAUUUCAAAUCAAAAAAGAGAAUUAAUCAAAUAAAGAAAUCACAUGAUUUUGCAAAUUUAGAUAUUAAUAAUAAUAAUCAAGAAAAAAAUAACGAACAUAUCACAAAAAGAAAUGAAAAUGAAGAGACACAUGAAAAGAGAAAAAAAGAAAAAGAAUUAGAUAAUAAUAGUAUAAGUAAAAAAAAGAAUGAAAUUGAAAUUUCUAAGAAUAAAAAAAAAAAAGAUACCGAAAUUUAUGCAAAUGGAAGUAUGCACAAAAAGAACAUUUUAGAAAAUUCUAUAAGAGGAAAAAAUUCCUGUAGUAUGACAAAAAAAAAAAAUAUUGAUUAUAAUAAUAAAAAUGAUUGUGUGGAUAUAAUUAAUAACAGAGAGUUCACUGAUAGCAAAAGAGAAUCAAAUAAACUUCUUAAAAUAGAAGAAGAAAUGGAAAUUUCAGAUAAAAAAGAAGAUAUAGAAGAAUCAUAUAAAAAAAAUGAAAUUAAUGAUUACUAUCAAGAAAAUAACGAAACAGAUGAUUUGAAUAAAAGAAAAGAUAAAUUAAAUGAAUUAUAUAAAAAAGACGAAGUAACUAACAUAAUUUGGGAUGGGACAAGUAAUUUAAAUAAGCAUGAUGAAAUGAUUCAUAUGACUAAGAAAAAUGAUAUAUGUAAUAUAAAUGAAAAAGAUGAAACAAUAACUAUUAAAGAAAAUCAAUUAUCAUUGGAUAAGAUGAUCGAAUUUAAAUACGAAAAUGAAGUAAAUAAUAACAUAAAUGUUAGUAGAAAUACAAAUAUAGAAGAAUUUAAUAAUAAAAACAAAUUAAAAAAUAACCAGAAUGAAAAAAAAAAUUUAACAAAUGAAAACGCAAAAGAAAGUAAGGGAUAUGAAUCUUUUUUAAACAGAAGUAUUAAAAGAAGAUUAUCUCAAAUAUUAGAUAAUAUGAAAAAGAAACAGAUUUUUCAAAUGUUUAAUAACUCAGAUGAUUAUACUAGUAUAUGCUUUGAAAACAAAGAAGAAAACAAAAAAUUAAAUAUAGAAAAUGAAAAAAAUAAUAAUGUUAAAAAUGGUGAAAAUGAAGAUAAUAAUAAUAAUAAUAAUAAGGAAAAUGAAAAUGUUGGAGAAUUAAAAACUAACAAUUUUUCACAAAAUAUAAAUAUAGACAUAAUAUAUAAUAAACUACACUACAAUUUUUAUAAAAACGAGUAUGAAUUUAAUGAUGAUAUGUUUUCAAUUUUUAAUAAUAUCAAGAGAAUUAUUGAAUUUACUGAUAAUGAGGAAGAACAAAUGAACCUUUUUAAUUUAAGAACUAAUGCUUUAAAAGAUUAUGAAAAUGAAUUUUAUAAAAUGUUAAUAUCUAUACGAGGAACGAAAGAUGCGAAAAAGUUUAUUACUUCCCAGAAGCAGUACAAUAAUGAAGAAGAAAAGUAUUUUUCUAAAGUUUUAAUAAGUGUAAAUAAAGAUGAAAAAAAAGAAAAUAAAAAUAAAGUCAAUAGCAAUGAGAAAAUUGUAAAAAAUAAUAGAACGAAACAAAAUAUUUCAUCAAAAAAAAAAGAAAGUGAAGUGAAAAGAGUAAUUAAAAAAGAAAUAAAUAAAAAUGAAAAAUCAUCUCCUCUUAAAAAAAGUACUUCAAAUAUUGAAAAAAUAACACUUUGUAAGGAAAAUAAUAAAGAAAUGGAUUUUUCUCUAAGCAUAAACUCAAAUUUAUGCAAUAUUAAAAUUGAUAAUGAAAUUAAAAAGGAAAAUUUUAAUGAAACCAAUAAAAAUGAAAUGAAUUAUGAAAUAAACAAUAAUUUAACAUACAAUGAGAAAAACAAUAAUAAAAAAAAAAUCAAUGAAGAAAAUAAAGAAAUACUUAAAGAUGACAUAAAUAAUAAAAAAAAAGAAAACACAAAAAUUACCAAAAGUGUAGUUAAAGAAAACAAGAACAAAAAAACAGAUAUAGUUAAUAAAGAAUUAAAUAAACUAAAGGAAAUAGAAAUAAAUGAAAGUAUGAAUUCUGAAAAAAAUGAGAAAACAAUAGAAAAAAAAAAUGAAAAUGAAAAUGAAAAUUUAAAGGAAGAAAAAAAAGACAGUUUGAAUAAUGAUAAAACAGGAAAAACUGAAAUCAAAAGAAUUUUAAACCAAUGGGAAAAAAUACUAAGAGAUAAUAUAUUAAAGCUUUUAAAAAAUGAUUCUAAUUCUUUUUAUUUUAAAAUUCCGGUUUUAGAAGAUAAAAGUAUUAGUGAUAACAUAAAAGAAGAAUAUAAAAUGAAAAUAAAAAAGCCAAUGGAUUACACAACUAUUUCAAAAAAUUUGUAUGAUGGUAUAUAUAAAAGACCUAUUGAUUUUUAUUCGGACAUGAAAUUAAUUUAUAAAAAUUGUCUUGAUUUUAAUCCUGGAAUAUCAGAAAAUCAAUAUAUAAUUGAUGCAGCAAAAAGUAGUGACGAAAAAUUUGAUAACCUGUGGAAUAAGUGGAAGGAGAAAAUAUUUAAUAAUUAUUGUGAUUUGAAUAAUAAUGUUUUUAAUUUAUCUUAUUAUUUAGAAUUUUUCAAAAAGAUUACAAAAAAAAAAAAAAAAUAUAGCAGUAUUUAUGCAAUGUGGAUAGAUUAUCUUAUUAGUAAUAAUAUAAAAUUGAGCGAUUUUUGUAAAUUAAGAAAUUUUAAGAUAAAAGAAUUAAAUGAAAAAAGUAAAUCGAAAGUAGAUUUAAAUGAUAUCAACUUAAAAGAUUAUAAAAAAUUAAACAAAAACAAUUUAUUGUUUUAUAUAUUUAAAGAAGAAUAUCAAAACAUUUUAAAUUUAAAAAAAGAAGAAAAAAUUACAAAAAAUGCCGAUGAAGAAGAAAUUAUAAAUAAGAAAGAUAUAGGAGGAAAACAAGAAAAUAAUAAAAUUAAAAUUAUUUUAAGAGAUUCAAAAAUAGAACAAACAUGUGGAAUUAAAUUAAAAGGAAAACAAAAUAACCUUUUAACUAAAAUAUUUAAAGAAAAAAAAAAAAAGAAAAAAAAUAUUGUUUUUUUUGAAGAAAACGUUUUUGAUAAUUAUUUAGAUAAUAAAAAAAGUUGUAUGAUAAGAUGUGAUAAAAAUGUAUUCAUAACUGAUUGUUUUUAUUACAAAAAUAUUUUCAAAAAUCUAGAUGAAUUUCUUGAUGAAAACUUAAAGGAAGAAAACAUAAAAGAUAUAUUAAAAAGUGAAACUUUAGGAAAUGAUUCAAAUAAUGUAGAAAAUUGUAUUCAUGAUGAAACAUCUAUAAUACCCGUUUUGAAUCGCGAAAAUGAAGAAAGAAAUGAAAACGCAGAAGGAAAAAUUAUUAAUGAAAAUGUAUCUUUUACACAACAUAAUAAUAAAUUGGAUGAAAUUAAUAAUAAUAAUAAUAGUAAUUGUUUAAAUAAAAAAUCUGAAGAAACUUGUAACAUUUAUUCCUCUAAAUAUAAUAAUAAAGAUGAAAAUGAUGACAUAUCAUCGAGUGCACAUAAUAAUGUAAAAAAUGAAAAAAAACUUUUUCUAAAUAACAAAAAAAUUUAUUUCAAUUUAAAAAAAAAAGAGAUAAAUAAAAUUAUAUGCAAAGAAUUCCAGGAUGAUUAUGAAGAAUCCUCAAGCGAGCAUAGCAUUCCUCAUGAAAAAACAAUACAAGAAAAAGAUUCGUUAAAUGAUUUAGAAAAAAUAAAUACUAAACAAAAUUUUGCUUUUAAUAUAAAUGAUCAAGUAAUAAAUAAUAAUUAUAUAAAUAGCACCAGUACCAAUAAUUAUAAUAUUAACAGUCAUAGUUUAUGCAGUGAUUCAUUCAUAGAAUUAAAUGAAUUUAAAAAUUUAAAUUACAAAAAAGAAAAAAGCCAAUUUUGUAACAAAAGAAAAAUUCAUGAAGAAAAUACAAAUGACACCUUGAACAAUGUAAAGAAAUGCAAAAAUAUUACAGAAAUAAAUUGUUCAGAAAUUAAUAAAUUAGAUUUAAAUAAUUCUAAUAAUGUAGAAACAAAGGAUAAUAAUAAAGAUGCUUAUAACCAUAUAAAAAAUAGUGAUGAUUCCGUUUUAUUUAAUAUAAGUAAUAAAAAUUUUUUUAAUUUUAAUAUAUUAUUUGAAAAAAAUAAAAAAUUAAAAGAAGAAUUUUUUUUAAAAAAUCAAAUAAUAGAAAAAACGUUGCUUUUAAAUUUAGAAAUGGAGUAUACAAAAUUUGUAGAUACUUCAUUUUUCCCUGUGAGUAAUACAUACUUUUAUAAUCAUUAUUUUGAUGAUAAUUUUUUUUUUUUCAUAAGAUCUCGUUUUAAGUUAGAUUUAUUUAUAAAAAUACAAAGAAAGAAUAUUUUUUUAUCACAAGAAAGAUAUUUUGAAUUUUUAAAAAUCCAUUUAAUGAAUAAGUGUAGACAAAAUAGUGAUAUAAAAUUUUACUUAAGUAACUAUUCUCCAAAUGCUGAUGAUACACUAAUUCAAUUUUUAGAAAAAUGUUUUAAAAACUUAAAUUCAGAUUAUGGUACGUCAAAUUCUUUAAGAUUAUAUGAUGCUGCAAAUGAAAUUUCUUUUCUUUUAUCGCAAAUUAGGAUAUAUAUUAAGGAAAUAGAUAUAUUGCUAAGGUUAGAUAUAGAUAAGAAAACAAACAUCACUACCAUUAGUAUUUUAAAGAAAAAGUUGUUAUAA